CCUGGCUCAAUCAAAGCCCACGCCCACCGUUUCUCUCGCUCGUCUCCGGUUUCCCCUAUUUGUCUUCAAUCUUCACGCUUCUUCUUCUUUUUUAGAUUUCUCCACCGAUCUCCGAACAAAGCAUUCACUUUUCCAGAUUUCUUAACCUUGACUUCCAAGUCAAACUCUCCGAUUCGUUAAUGAAUACUUCCUUUCGUCUUUCUCACCAGAUCUGAACCACCCUAUUCCGAUUUCUGACGAAAAAUUCGUAUUCCAAUUCACCGGCUUAGGUAUUUUCUCCAAAUUUUUGGGGCAAAAGAGAUUAAAUCUGAACAAUGGUGACGAUCAGAUUGGGAAUGCUCCAUUAUGUAAUUGACCAUGUCUACGGAGCGUUUAUGCACCGGACGAAGAUUACCCCACCCUUCUUCUCCCGUGGAUGGGGUGGUCAUAAUCUGGAAUUGCUCGAGCGGAUUGUGAAACAGCUCUUCCCUCUCGAGGUACAAGGUCAGAAUUGGCCACCGCCUUUGAUUCGUCCCGUUUGGAAAACUGUUUGGGAGACCAAGACCGCUACUUUGAGAGAAGGCGUUUUCCAGACUCCGUGUUGCCGUGAGCUUACCGCUGCUUUGCCUCCCGAGUCUCGUACCGCUAGGGUUGCUUGGCUUGUCCCCAAAAACGUUCCUCCUCAAAAGAUGGCAUGUGUGGUUCAUCUUGCAGGCACAGGUGAUCAUACAUAUGAUCGAAGAUUGCGUCUGGGUGGACCUUUGGUGAAACAAAACAUUGCAACAAUGGUGCUGGAAAGCCCUUUCUAUGGCCGAAGGCGUCCGUUUCUACAACGUGGAGCAAGACUCCUAUGUGUUAGUGAUCUACUUUUACUAGGGAGGGCAACUAUUGAAGAGUCCCGCAGUCUUAUUAACUGGCUAGACACUGAGGAAGGCUUUGGAAAGAUGGGUGCUUGUGGCCUUAGUAUGGGAGGAGUACAUGCUUCGAUGGUUGGAUCGCUUCAUCCAACACCAGUUGCAACACUUCCAUUCCUAUCUCCACACUCUGCGGUUGUUGCAUUCUGCGAGGGAAUAUUAAAGUAUGGAACCGCUUGGGAGGCACUGAGGGAGGAACUUGCAGCAGAGAAGAUCACAAUGACUCUUGAUGAAGUGAGAGAGCGGAUGCGAAGUGUUCUCUCGCUCACAGAUGUCACUCGCUUCCCUAUCCCCAAAAACCCCGAUGCUGUUAUCUUUGUUGCUGCAACUGAUGAUGGAUACAUACCGAAACACUCUGUGUUGGAGCUUCAAAAGGCCUGGCCUGGUUCAGAAGUGAGAUGGGUUACAGGUGGACACGUGUCCUCCUUCCUGCUGCACAAUGGUGAGUUUCGCAGAGCAAUCGUGGACGGUCUCGAUAGAUUAGAGUGGAAGGAGUCAUGGUGACUUAACAACAUACAUACAUCACACAACUCCUUUGUAACACAAAGGGAGGGGUCAUUAUGUAAAUGUCUAAAUCUCCUCGUUUUGUGUCAAUCUGUGUGUUAAAGUGGUGGGCUCUCCCUCUUUAAUAUUCAUUUGUCUUUGUAUUGUUUGUGUCCCCAACACAUAGCAACAAUUUUAGGGGUUCUCCACUCAUUUACAUUCCCAUUAUUCAAUCUUUAACACUAUUUUCUUUGGCUUUAAUUUUAGCAUGUGUUUAAACUUUAAAUUAUAAUUGUGUUUUCCAAUCA